CGGAGCAAUAUCUCCAGAAGUCAACCUCCUGGUUCCUGACAUGCAAGCCUAGCAAAACAAUAGGUCGUCCUAGACCGUGGCACAAGAAUGGCUGCACCUGAAAUUGACAUCAGCCAGCUGUCUGCGGAGCAACAGCUGGCCUUACAACAGUACACUUCGGUCACGGAUCAAGACAUCCAGGCGGCCAUACCACUCCUCCAGCGAUCUCAGUGGAAUGUGCAAAUUGCAAUUGCCAAGUUCUUCGACGGUGAGGGUCCAGAUCCAGUCGCAGAAGCCAUAGCAGCACAGAACAUUCCCCCGCCUCGAGCUGCGCGACAGGAGAACCUUCAAGAGAGCCUCCUCCUUGGGUCUUCGCCUUUUACAAAUCGGGCGAGACAGCAAAAUGCUCCGGAUGAUGCACCUCGAAUAGUUCCACAACCCGAAGAUCAAGUCGUUCGACGACCUCCCUUCCUUCUCGCCCUCCUCUUCACACCCUUCAACCUUCUGUAUAGGUUAUUCUCCACGACACUUGGGCUCUUCUCUUACCUUACACCCUUUCUGCCUCGGAUAUUUAGGCCCAAUCCUGUCACCGGAACUACCAGACAAUCGAAUACUGGGGGAAGGAGAUCUCUGAGGCCCCGAGAUGCCGCUGCUCGAUUGAAACGUGAAUUUGAGGAGGAAUACGGGGAGAAUUCUCUUCCAUUCUUUGAAGGCGGCUAUGCACAAGCAUUGGACCUGGCUAAAAAGGAUCUCAAAUUCCUCCUCAUAAUAAUCACCUCUCCCGAACAUGACGAUACUCCCUCGUUCAUCCGCGAAACCCUCCUCUCUACCGAAGUUCAGGACUUUUUAAAUAACCCCACUAAUGAGAUAAUACUCUGGGUCGGCGAUGUCCGAGAUUCAGAAGCAUAUCAGGUCUCCACCGCCUUACGAUGCAAUAAAUUUCCCUUUACCGCGUUAAUAGCACAUACCCCGCAACAGAGCUCUACUUCCAUGUCAGUACUUGCACGAUUGACGGGGCCGAUGCCAGCUGGCACAUACAUUGCAAAAUUACAAGCCGCAAUCACCUCUCAUUCCGAGCAGUUACGAACCGUUCGUGAAACACGGAACGCACAGAACUUCGAGAGAACCUUACGGCAGGAGCAAGAUUCAGCGUACGAACGCUCGUUGGCCCAGGACCGAGAGCGCGCAAGAUUAAAGAGAGAAGCCGAGGCUGCCGCCGCAGAACAAGAAAGGCGGGAGAAAGAACAAGCAGAAGCCGCAGCCGCUCUGCUAGAGAAGAAGAAACAAUGGAGACAAUGGCGAGCCCAGAACAUCGCUCCCGAACCUCCGGCAGAUUCCAAAGACGUAGUACGAAUCGCCCUAAAGCUACCAGAAGCAGCACGGAUCACUCGAAGGUUCUCAGCCCAAGCAAGCAUAGACGAACUCUACGCCUUCGUAGACUGUUACGAAUUCCUCAACUCCAGCUCCCCCUCUGAAACCCCCUCGAUAACUAAACCAGAAGCCUAUACGCACCUCUUUGAUUUCCGCCUCGUCUCCACCCUCCCCCGCGUCGUCUACGCCCCUGACGCCGCCGGCACGCUCAGCGAACUCAUCGGGAAGAAUGGGAAUCUGAUCGUGGAACCUAUCUCUGAUGAUGAAGAAGAGGAGGAGGAGGAUGAGGAAUGAGUUGGUGGGAUUUUUUUUAGAAAGUAUAAGGCGUUCUUUGUGGUGGAUGCAUAUCAGAUGGGUUUGUUCUGGGGGGGAAGCGUGUGCAGAUUUAUGUAAGACCAUAAGAAAGGGCU